GGGGGGGGGGUGAUUUUCUCAGGCAUCAGGAGUUUUGGCCUUUUGCGACCUUUUCUCCACAUCAAAGACCUUGACUGAGGUCACUCCGAUGUCGUCGUCAUGUGUAUUUCUAAAGCUGUGUAAUCGAUAGUACCUCGGAACCAAUUGCCACUCAGUCUUAGUCUGCCAAAGAGCUCAUGCUACUAUAGUGAGUGGCGGUUCUCAACCUUCUGGCCAUCCAUCAGCCUUGCGUGGUACAACUUGGAACAGAUCUGGAUAAGGGCCAUUGUCUGGCAGAAAUGAUAGACAACACCACCAUCGCCUCUUCCACUACUACUGCUACCGUAACACAUAUCUAUGUGUUUUUGGCUUCAUAUUUCAAGCUCUCAACGUCAAGGAUUAGCGAAGUCAGUUGUUGGAGCUCUCGAUCAUGUUCCUCCGAGUAGCUCAGACGAGCGUGAUUUGGAUCCUGGCCUUCCAUAUGGUUAGAAGCAAUGAGACAUUGGCCGUGAAUCAAUCAUCGGCCUCUGACCACGACCACGUGACCCAUAUCCACGAGGAUGAUGCCAUCGACUGUCCUCCAGGCGAGGAACCCAUCUACAGGGCAAUAAGUCACGCCUGGAGUUGUAUUAUCAGUCUAUCCGAGGACACUCACGAAGGUGGUCAUUCCCAUGACCACGAUCACCAUGAGGACGAAGAACAGCAACACGCUGUCGAUUUGAAAGUGUGGCUGGUGUCGUCGGGUGCCAUUUUUGUGAUCUCAUUGUGCGGCAUUUUUGGGGUCCUAGUCAUUCCCAUCAUGCAACGCGUGUUCUACCAACAUUUGCUCCAGUUUUUGGUGGCCCUCGCCAUCGGAACCCUAGCAGGCGAUGCGCUGCUUCAUCUUCUUCCGCAUGCUCUCAUGCAAGGCAUGGACCUCACUCAUGGCCAACAUGAGGCGUUUCAUCAGGCCUCGGUGUGGCGAGGCUUUGCCGCAUUGAUGGCCUUGUUCGUGUUCUUCCUCUUCGAGAAGGCCGUCAACCACGUGGGUGAGUGGCGCGAGCGAAGUGCGGCCGCGGUCAAAAACCUGGAAAAGAAGGUCCGGGUGGUUCGAACGGGACAUCGAGCUAGUGAAGCCGCAGUGGGCGAGCGAGUGUGUAAGCACAAGUACAGUGCCUACUGUGUCCAAGAUAUCGAAUCUCAUCCAGGGUCCUCAGACCACACCAAAGAGAACGAGGCUUCCCAAGUGGAUGGGAACGAGUGCCCCUUGUCCAAUAACAGUUCCGACCACAAUCCGGAGUUGCAGUGUUUCAUUGCUGAGCCAUCCGUCCAAAAUCAACCAAAGAGUAACCAUAAUCACAACCAUCAUGACCAUGACCACGACCAGCACCAGCACCACCACCUCCAACAACAACGGUCCUCUCAGUCCUCUCAGUCACAUCUUCCCCACCAUAUCCCUGAGAGGACCAUCUCUAGAAAUUCCAAUUUCGAGACGGUGUUUGUUCGGGAACACGAGCACAAACACCACGGGCACAGUCACGCCCACUCUCACCUGACUUCCAAACCGGAUUCCAUUUCAUCUGUGGCUUGGAUGGUGAUAUUUGGUGAUGGUAUCCACAAUCUUGCCGAUGGAUUGGCCAUUGGUGCGGCGUUUUCGGAAAGUUAUCUCUCCGGGUUCUCGACCACGAUCGCCGUUCUAUGCCAUGAACUUCCCCAUGAAAUAGGCGACUUUGCCCUACUUCUCAAGGCCGGGAUGACCGUCAAACAGGCCAUCUUCUACAAUGUUCUGAGCUCCGUUCUGGCAUUUAUGGGAAUGAUAUCCGGAUUGCUCUUGGGUGGCAAUCUCGAGUCUUUGACAACUUGGAUCUUUUGCGCCACCGCCGGAAUAUUCCUCUAUGUGGCCUUGGUAGACAUGAUGCCCGAGCUGAACUCCGGUCAUGGUCACCCGAUCUCGAGUGAUGCCCAAAAGAGCCGUUUGAUGGAGAUUCUUCUUCAAUUGUUGGGUAUGAGUACAGGCGUGGCAAUCAUGUUGGUGAUUGCGCUCUACGAACACGAUCUGAAGGCUAUAUUCAAGGGUGAAGACCAUCAUUGAACAAAGAUGAAUUAGUGUGUCCCACCAAAACCCAAAACCCACUUAUAUACGAGCAGAUGUGUAUAUGAACCAAAAAUUUCCCCCAUUUCAGACAAAGAGCAUUAUUUUCUGUACAACUGUAACUCACAGUUUGUGAUCCUCAUCCGUACCGAUCUACCCACUUUAUCUCGCUCAGUAUUCGGAUUCGGAACGAACAGUAAGAAUGGCAGCGGUGAAUUUGUGAUUCUUUCGAUAUUAUGUGUGUCAAGUUCCUCCCUUCCCAUUUCAAGGAGUUCAUCGAAAAGUAGCUAAAACACAAAGUUGUAAACUUUCACUCGAAAUACAAUUCUGACUUCAAUGA